AUGAAUCCUCAAAGCUAUGGGUCGAUCACAUUUAGGCCAGUUGCAAUUGAGUAUGAGGAUUCGUGGUUUUGGUUAGGGGACCCCAGGGGCAUUUAUACUGUUAAAGAUGAUUACAAACGAAUUAUUGGAGAAUUUGUGCAUACCCCGGGCACUUUUGAUAAAUGGCUACAUCUCUGGAAAAUCAAAUGCCCUGCGAAAUGGAAAGUUUUUGUUUGGAGAGCACUCUCUAAUGUCCUUCCUACUACAACUAACUUGAUCUUAAAAAGAGUAGAAAUUGAUCCAGCAUGCCCUAUGUGUGGUAUCUUGCAUGAAAACACAAUGCACUCACUUCUAUUGUGUGAUUUUUCAUCACUAGUAUGGCAUGAAUCUUCUUUGCAUGUUCCUAGUGUGGGAGGGGAUGAUUUUGGUGAGUGUGGAGGGCGAGGAAUAUGGCACUAUGGGAAGGCUCACUUCCGCUCCCCAAGUCCGUAUGCCGAUCGGCUCGUGCUGCGGUCCAGGCGUGGCGUCAGGUGCACCCAGCAGCAAAACGGUCAGCCUUCGGCCCAAGCUGUGACGAACCAUCCAGUGCAUAAUGCGGAGCUGCUUUGCUACGUCGACGCGGGCUUCCAUCAGCAGACGAAGGAGGCCACGGUCGGUGCGGUCUUGAUGCCUCAUGGCAGUUUCGUUGCAGCUUUCAACAGCAGGCUCCCGAACUGUUACUCACCACUUAUGGCGGAAUCCUUAGCUUGCAAAAAAGCCUUGUCAUGGCUCAAGGGUCGGGGGUAUCCUCGGUGCAUAUCUACACGGAUUGUUCCACUCUCAAGAGCUUGUUAA